AUGCCGACUUGUGCGAGUGACAAUUCUUUACACUUUUAUGGAUCUAGAAGCCCGUCUGGAUCACGCAGCAAUAGCGUAUCACCAAUAUUGCCAAGCUCUCCUCUCUCUAGCUCGCCAACGCAAAUGAACAUGAUGACAAACUUUAAACGUUCUAUUUCAGACAUGUCAAACUCGUCUCAAUCUUCUACCUGGUCUGAAAAAUCUGCUAGUAGUGCAGCAGCAGCAGCAGCAGCAGCAGCAGCACCCACGAUAAUAUUGCGUCGGAAUAAAUGUAAGCAUCAAAAUCAACCACCAUCAGUACCAUCACCACCAAUUGAUACUAAACAGCAGCCAAAAAUCAGCAUACCUAAACGGGGUAUUUUGAUACGUUUAAUAAUGUGGUACUUUAAUUUCAUCGUUCACAUCGUCAGUGGAACGAUCAACACAACAUUAUUCAUGAUGCGAGCUCCAACAGUUUGGGCGUCUUUUUGGGUCUGCAUAUUUUUCGUGAUUCUCCAGUUGCCUCUGACAUUCCUUAAAUAUUUCAUCUCAAUUCUCUACACACCGGCAUCUGAGCUAGCUCGUCACAAAAGAUGCGUGUUGAUAAGCGGUGGAAGCACCGUCCAAGCUGUACAUCUCGCCAGAAAUUUUCACAAAGCAGGUGCGAGAGUAAUUGUCUGUGAAAUAGAAGGUUUAUUUAGUCUAGCGCGCUUCUCAAUAGCUUGCUCAAAGUUCUACACAGUCCCACGACCCAGCUUGAACAACGCAAUGGAGUACAUAAAAGCAUUGAAAAAUAUCGUCGAGAAAGAAAAAGCUACCUAUUACAUACCAGUGAGUUCAACGAGCCCAGCUUACUAUGACGCGUUAGCAAAAAUUCAUUUAGAGACACUGGGUUGUGAGUGUUUUGUGCCUUGUGCCAGUGAAGUAACAGCUCUAGAUAACCCUUUGGAAUUAUUAAAACGUUGUCAGUCUGCGGGAUUAACAACUCCAGUUUAUUUUGUCCUGAAAUCUGUUGAUGAUGCUUUGCUGCUCUACGAAACUGGAGCGCUAAGAUCCGACAGACACAUGAUGCUGGCAGCGGGUCCAGCUGGUCUUCGGGAUCGCAUAAAACUCGCCUUACCGCCUAGUGCUCAAGAGUUUCAAAAUAUUCGUCACGACAUCAGUCACAAGAAACCUUGGGUAGUAAUCCGUGACCCGGGAGGUCCUCAUUACAUUACUUGUACGACAGUUAAAAAUUCAAAGGUGGUCGCCAACGUUAUUUGCCGAGUUGAUGAAGCUAAAGGCUUGAUACCGGAGACGAGGAAUGAUAUUCAGCAGUGGCUGGAGCUUUUCUUCGCGCGCUCCUUCAGCUUGAUGCCUAUCAGCGGUCACAUGAGCUUCAGACUGGUCGCUCCUGAAAAUAACGAGAUCUUUCCAAUAGGAUGUCGCGUAAGUGUGGGAUUACCUUAUGUCUGCUUGACGAGUGUCCAUCCACGACUAGUUUGGCGACCCUGCAGGCACUUUUCACGGCAAAGCUCGGGUCCACUGCUGGUCGGUGAACCCUGUCAGAGCAAAGAAAAAGCUUUUCCAAGUGCCUUAAAGCAGGCUGCUGAUAAAGCAACCAAUUUCUUCGGCAGUGUCCUCAACAAAAGGGAAGCUCUUUUUGUUUACUGGGACCCUUUACCUUACUGCGCUUACUAUCAUCUUCAAUUGCCGUUCAUACGCAUUGCAGGAGCGCUCAGGGCGCAGCCUCAUCAACAUAAUCCACCUCUUGCUGUUGUACAGUGA